AUCUUUGAGACGUCUGGAACGCAGCCCGUACGAAGACCCAAAGUUAGUACUCGACUUGAGACGACGCGAGCUCCUGGUAUUCUUUCAGACAGCAUUGAAUACCAGCAAAAGAGCCCCAGGAGAGCUCCCAGUCUACUCCGAUUUUCGAAUCACAGUUCCCUUUGCCAAACUAACCACAAUAUAUCAAACUCAUAAUCAGUCCUCUAAGCGAUUGUCUCACAUAAUCAGCUUUGAUAGCCCGCCCAUCUACCAUCGCCACCUUCACAAUGCGGAGAUUAGUUUCGAUUGUCCCGAUACUGAAAAUAAUUGGAGAGCCAUGGAUUGUUGGUAUCGUCAGACAGAUAUAGUCCAUCGCCACCCCGAAUGGCCCAAACUUCCCGUUAGCUUGCGUAAGACGAAUCCAAUAAUUGAUAUUGGACGAUGGACUACAUUUCGCAUAACUUACGACGAGGAUACCGUGGAUUCUAGACGAUUCGCAUCACUACACGAAGCACUACGAGAUUUCAAUAUUGAAAUCAAAGACGAUGAUGAAUUCAAGGUUGACAUUCCUAAAGUACGGCCUGUGCCGGUCAUUUGGGAUGUGUGCGAUGAGCCGGAAGGCACGAGAUCCGCAAGUGCGGAAUUGAUGGGUGAUUCAUACGUUCUUCUGCCCUUCUCAAUUCGCUACCAGCUCGAAGUUUGCAUAUCCAAUGGCUUUAUUAGCGAGUAUGCUGCCACUAAUGAAGCUUUCGUUCACAGGCUCAAGGACAUAGAGGAGAGAAAGGCUCUGGCGCUUUUGGAGCACGUCGCCACAGACAAGAAAGUAUAUUGGAACCCAAUGGAGAUCUUCGAUAUUUUGUUUCCAAAGGCUUCAACUCGCAGAAAAAUCCCCGCCUAUUGUUGCAUGAUGCAUGCUACAACUGUAACUCCGACAAUGGUGUACUGGGAUACGCCUUCCAUGGAAAUUACCAACCGCGUCAUUCGCAAUUUUUCCCAGUACUCAGAUCGUUUCCUCAGAGUGCGGUUUAAGGGCGAGAAGCUUGAAGGGAGAAUUAAUUCCACUAAUCACAACACUAUGGAUGAGAUUUUCACAAGAAUCAAGCGCACAAUGAGCAAUGGAAUCAAACUCGGAAAUCGCAAAUACGAGUUUCUCGCGUUUGGCAAUUCGCAAUUUCGCGAACACGGUGCCUAUUUCUUUGCGUCGGAUUCCCAAAUUGGUGCUGCACAAAUUCGGGGUUGGAUGGGAGAAUUUUCAGAUAUUAGAAAUAUUGCCAAAUAUGCUGCACGGAUUGGUCAGUGUUUCUCAACCACAAGAGCCAUUUAUACGUGCUCUGUACAGCUCCAGAGAAUACAUGACGUAACCCGAGGAGCAUACACGUUCUCAGAUGGUGUUGGCAGAAUGUCGAGGUUCCUUGCGCAAAUGACCCAGCAGGAACUACAUAUCAAGACACCAGAUCGCGACCCUCCGUCAGCUUAUCAGUUUCGACUGGGUGGUUGCAAGGGUAUGCUUGUUCUUUCAUCACAGGCCAGAGGACAAGAAAUUCAUAUUCGUCCAAGCCAGGAAAAGUUCCCUGCUGAGCAUCAGGGCCUUGAGGUCAUUCGUUGGUCUCAAUUUUCUAUGGCAACGUUGAAUCGACAGCUUAUUUCCGUGCUUUCUUCACUCGGCGUUUCUGAUAGUAUUUUCCAUCAGAAGCUUCAGAGAAUGCUUUCUAGCCUAGAAGAAAUUACUAAAGAUGAUAAAGCUGCUAUGUCCCUUCUACAAAAGUACAUCGAUCCGAACGAAAUGACCUUAACAAUUUCGCAAAUGGUCUCUGACGGGUUUUUGGUUGUUCAGGAACCCUUUCUAGUCUCGCUUCUUUCAUUAUGGAGGGCAUGGCAAAUCAAGUAUCUGAAGGAAAAAGCAAAGAUUGUUAUCGACGGCGGAGCCUGCGUCCUUGGAGUCAUGGAUGAAACUGGCACAUUGCAAGGAUUUUCGAACGAGAAGAUACAAAAUAUUGGAACAUCCCACGAAGAUAGGCUCUCUGCACUUCCUGAAAUUUUUCUCAAAGUUUAUCGCGCUGACGAGAAGAGAUAUUGCGUUAUUGAAGGAGUGUGCCUCCUGGCUCGUAAUCCCUCACUUCAUCCCGGCGACAUUCGAGUGGUCAAGGCUGUCAACAAGCGAGAACUUGGUGAUCUCAAAGAUGUUGUCGUUCUUCCUCAGCUUGGAGAUCGAGAUAUUGCCAGCAUGUGCUCUGGUGGCGAUUUGGAUGGUGAUGACUACCUGGUUAUAUGGGACCAAGACCUUAUUCCAGAAGACUGGUUCCGAACGCCUAUGGAUUAUACGCCCGUGAAAGGGGUUAAUUUGGACCGUCCAGUCACGGUCAAUGAUGUGACUUCUUUCUUCGUCAACUAUAUGAAGAAUGACUGUUUGCCAAAGAUUGCCCAUGCCCAUAUGGCUUGGUCUGACCUGCUGCCAAGGGGAGUUGAGGAAAUAAAGUGCAUUCGUCUAGCUAAAAUGCACUCGGACGCUGUCGACUAUAACAAGACAGGUCAGCCAGCUUAUCUUUCACGAGAACUACGUCCUCGCAAGUGGCCGCAUUUUAUGGAAAAGAACUACAAACCCAAGGAUCAGAUCUACACAUCAAAGAAGAUCCUCGGACAGUUGUAUGACGCCGUAGACCGGGUCGACUUCUACCCCAAUUUUGAAAUGCCAUUCGAUCAACGAAUCUUGGAGUCCGGAAUUGUGGUGAAAGAUGAGUUGGUAGAAUUCUCCAAAGAGCUCAAAGUCAGCUACGAUUUGACCAUGCGGCGCAUUAUGGCUCAACAAGAAAUCCGUACAGAAUUCGAAGUUUGGUCCACAUUCGUGCUAAACCACGCUAACCAAAGCAAGGACUAUAAGUUCCACGAGGAACUUGGCCGCAUUUCAAAAUCAUUGCGAGACCGCUUUCAAGGAGAAUGUUAUGACAAGAUUGGAAGCCGCCAGUUUGAACAUGUGGCGCCUCUCGUGGUUGCGAUGUACAAGGUUACGAGCGAUGAAGUAACCGCAGCGCUGGUCGAGUUUCAUAGCACAAAUCCAAGCCCAGAUUUGAAGCCCAAGAUUAACAGUUUCCCCAUGAUUAGCUUUGCCUGGCUUUUCCCAGACAUCCUCGGACGAAUUGCUCUGCGCUACUUUGAGGAUUCAGAUCCAGCGCUUGUGAAUCCUGCGGUCGAUACUCAAGCCACUGAGCUUAAGGCAGGUAAAGAGACCGGCGGGGUAAAAAUAGACCAAGAUGUCGAAAAAGUGACUACACUCAUAACUGAUGAUUUGAUAUCACUGUUUGAUGACCUGCUCUCCGAGGCUUCUCUAGAACAGAGUCUGGAAAAUCAAAUGAUCGAAGAAGACGCCAACUUGGUGGAAGAUGAGGCCGACAUAAUGCCCAGUGCAAUUGACUCUCUGCAGAACAUGCUUCACGAUUCCGAUGAAGACAAUCUGUAUGACCCAUGAGCAUUCCUGCUGGUGGCGGCUCUCGGGACGGGGAUUAAUGCUAGGCUUCGAAUUCGGCCGAUCAAAGAUGUAAUUACAUUCAUAGAAUAGACAAAUCAAUCGUAAACAUUGAAAUUUUCAAUUAACAGUAUCGUAUGAAAUAAGUAGAAAAAGUAGUAUGGGAGAGGCAACUGUAUUAUCUC